UUGUUUCUAAAGAAAAUGUCUUGGGUACCUCGAAAUAUAUCUACCCUAUGCACAAUCGAUUCUGCUCUGUCAUCCUGUCAACCAUCCUCACUUCUCUAUCUGGCACUCAUCGCUAAUCUAUUCCGUAAUUCCAGUGACAAGACCUGUCCACAUUAUGACACAGAAAAGGAGUACGAUUUUGUAAUCGUAGGAGCUGGAUCAGCCGGAUGUGUUCUUGCAAACAGGUUAAGCGAAGUAAACCAUUGGAAGAUAUUACUAAUUGAAGCUGGCAUAGAAGAACCAGAGGUAGCAAGAAUUCCGGGUUUCGUCUCUACGUUAUCUGGAAGCAAUAUCGAUUGGAUGUAUCACACACAACCGCAGCAGUACGGAUGUCUAGCCAAGGAGAAGAGAGAGUGUGUGACCCCAAGGGGUAAAGUGAUGGGUGGUUCCAGUAGUAUCAAUAUGAUGAUGUACGUUCGUGGAAACUCAAGAGACUACGACGAUUGGGCAGAAGCAGGAAAUAAUGGAUGGAGUUACGAAGAAGUUCUACCAUACUUUCUGAAAUCGGAAAAUAAUUUGGAUCCAGAGGUAGUGAAAGAAAAUCCACGUUACCAUAGCCAAGGUGGUUACCAAUCGGUAGAAAGAUUUCCGUACAUCGACAUCAACAACGAUAUCUUGCUGAAUGCAUGGCAAGAACUUGGUUACGAAGUCGUAGAUAUCAACGCAAUUAACCAAUUAGGUGUGGCGAUUCUACAAACAACCUCCGCUAAUGGAACACGUCAAAGCACUAACAGCGCGUUCAUACAACCCAUCAAAUGCAGACGCAAAAAUCUAACGAUUAAAACUGAAUCAUACGUUACAAAAUUGUUUGUAGACAGCAAAGAAAAACGUGUAACAGGCGUCGAAUAUAUUUCAGGAAACAACCGAACUAAAUUCAACACAGUUAUUGCCAAAAAUGAGGUGAUUCUCUCAGCUGGAUCCAUUAAUUCUCCAAAAAUCCUUAUGCUCUCGGGAAUUGGUCCAACAGAAGAAUUAGAGAAAUACGGUAUUCAAGUAAUUAGUAACUUAUCAAUUGGAAGGAACCUUCAGGAUCAUGUAAUGACGACUGGUCUUGUAAUUGGAAUAAAUUUUACCUCCACGUAUGAGAAUAUUUCCAGAAUGUUCGAAGACAUUUCCUAUUAUAACGAGACACACAGGGGACCUUUAUCUGCAACUGGUACUCUUGUCUCCUGUGUUUUCACACAAACAUCUUAUCAGAAUGAAAAAGGAGUACCAGAUAUACAAUUUUUAUUCCGUGGUUCCAGUAAAGAAGAUUUUCUAAAUGAUCCAGCAGAAGCUUUUGACUCAUAUGCCAAACCAAUCUCUUACUAUAAUGCUGUUAACAUUGUACCAAUUUUGUUGUCGCCUAAAAGCAGGGGAUUUAUAUUACUGAACGGUGAUCCUCUGUGGGGAGCACCCUUAAUUAAUCCCAGGUUUUUUACCAGUAAUCCAGAUUUGGACGUGUUAACGGAAGGUGUGGAAAUAGCUUUAAAACUGUUUGAUACAAAGUCGUUCAAAAAAUACGACUUUAGAUUGAUUGAUAAACCUUUACCUGGUUGUGAAGAGUUCGAAUUUGGUGAGAGGGAUUAUUGGAAAUGCGUGAUCAUGGAAUAUACAGACACUAUUGAUCAUCCGGUUGGAACUUGCAAGAUGGGACCAAAAUCGGACCCUGAGGCUGUGGUAGAUGAGAGACUGAAGGUUUAUGGAAUCGAUGGUUUGAGAGUUGUAGAUGCCUCGAUUAUGCCAAAAAUUGUUAGGGGAAAUACGAAUGCGCCUACUAUUAUGAUCGCGGAGAAAGCUAGUGAUAUGAUUAAGGAGGACUGGUUGUCUGGCAAUGUUGGAUCUGAAUGAUUUGGCCUGAUGGACAUGAGUUAAUGGUAGUUCAGUUGUUGGAAAUUAGCCAUCCCAAUUUAUGCGCUGUAAUAAUAAGAUAAAUGUUAAAAUAAUAAAUAAUGUAAUCCUCUAAUAUA